GAUCCCCCUUCGUAAAAGGACUCAUAUUAAUUGUAGGCAUGUUGCUCUUCUCCGAAGACUAUUUCACCUUGUAAUAGUUCAAAGACGGGGGGGGACGAGCAAAAUUUCAAGAUUUGCACCUUGAAAAUGGCUGUUUUAAAAACGUCGGAAGAUUAUUUACUUGUUCAGAGCAGGUCGUUCUCCGAUCAGGAUUUCGCCCAGCAUGUUCGACAGACUGCAAGCUGCAUCGCUCGUGGUGACAGAGGCUCAGAAUGUGCAGCUAAUUUGAGAGAUUUAUAUCGUUAUUUGGCCUGUAAGACUAAGCGGAGAAGUUUUUCAGAUGAACUAUUAAAACAACUAAAAAGUAUGAUUGUUGAACCAGGAAAGAGUCCCAAAGCUCUGCGUCUUUUAGCAAUGCUGAUAUUACGAGAACUAUCACCUACGGUUGGUUAUAGCAUAAAGAUAUCCAGUCUGUCGGCUGAUUUCAACUGGUUGCCUUUGGUCUUCCCACUGAUUUUUGCUCAGGGUGAAGAGUUAGGCCAUAUUGCAUCCCAUGUCCCUAUAUUUAUAAGAUGGUUGAAAAGUUCACCAGGUUCAAAUUCAUACAUUCAAAGAAAAGCUCUUCUGUGUUUGUAUUCGAUCCAGAACAAUUACGGAGUUCAUUUGUUGGGUGAAGAUCAAGUGACAGCUGUCAAUCAAUUGAUGCUGCAGUGGUUGACAAAUACGAGCCUUUACUCCGCACCAAACCCGUACCAGCGCACGAUCUUCAACAAAUCAAAACAAAAGCUUCAAAGAAUCACGGAGCUGGAUGGAAGCGCUUGUCAAACUUUUUUUACAGUCCUGAAUCUAGCUCAGUACUGUUUUCCUGACCAAUGGUUAAACAUCUACACUUUCUCCAUCCUUCGUCAAUGGUUGCUAAACACAUGGCGUUUCCAAGAAUCCUUAGGAGAGUUCUCCGUGGACAUCCCCCCUGAGGAACGAACGAGUGACUCUCCUUUCUCGACGACCGCUGGAUCAUCGUUCAGCGAGCCCGCUUUUCUCGACGACCGCAUUCUCCGUACCCCGGGCGCAGAUGAAAUGUACGAGGAGAUCUCAGACAAACAUUCCUCUCCCAGCUUCAGCGAGAUCACGCAAGCGUUCAGCGACAAUAACAGUACGCCAAUAAGAGAGGCCGAUGAUAACGUCAGCAUCGGUAGCUAUAGCAACCUGUCGAACAUGAGACAAGUGUUUGGAAGUGAGUCCAGCUUCUUCACGGAAAGCAGUCAAGAUGGCAGCCUUGCAAGAAAGGCGAUGUCUUACUGUUACAGAUUGCUACGUCAAAGUGAAUGCAAACCAUCAACCUCGCAAGACGCUACACUUGUUAGAGCGUGUAUUAUAGAAGCCGUAUCUUUGAUGGAUUUUUGCUGUAUACAAGAAACAGAUUUAGCUCCCAAAGCGGUCCAGGCCGUACGGCGUGUGUACAGUGUAGUUAAGAUGUGGUCUGUGCCAAAGACCGUCGUUUUGCCGCCCAUAAUCCUCUUCCUUGUCAAUCAUGGUGAAGCUGUGAUUCUUGACUCUGAGCCAUAUUUAAAGUUUCUCUUUGGUGAAGUGUUGUUCAGUAGUUUUACAAGUCCCGAAGUUGCUUUCGAAAUUCUGACUUUUUGCUAUGAAAAUAUGGAGAAACUUCGACAGUCCACAAACGUUUUUACCCAAUUUUUCCCGAAUAUAUUCAAGAUUCUAGCGUGGUUUCCGAGAACGUUCCUCAAAGAAUUCAUGGAACUAUUACCAGCGAUGAUUUCUAGGAAAACGUAUAUCGAGAUUUUUCACUUUCUACUGGACUUACCGUGCCUUUCUGCCGCUCUUGAAACUAUGAAGCAAGCUCUAAAACGAAAUUCAACAGAGUCGUCGACCGUGUUCCGAAAAUCUGUCGAGGCUUACGAAAACGUUAAAUAUAAACCAUUAUUCACAUUUAUUUUGAGGCAAGAAAGUGGGAUUGCUGAUACAAUUGACAAGUUGGAUGUUCUUCAUUCUGUAUUUGAAGAUUUUGCUGAACAUCCCAGAGUGUUAGUCUCUUCUGAAGUGUCGUGGUUGAUGCUAAGGGUCUAUUUCAAAACAAUUUUAAAAAAAGGAGAUGCUGAUGUUAUCAGAAAACUCUUUCCCGUUUUGCUUGAGCGAAUCAUCUGUAUUAUAAACAUUGAAAGCUUCAAGAAGAAUAUUCAGAGUUUGUUAGCGACAGAGCUACUGACCAUCUUCAAACUCUAUCCGAGCUUGGUUCUUGAACAUUCUAAUGAAAUCAUAGAGUUCGUACAUCGUAUGAAAUCUUUGGAUGAAGGAUUCGAACAGUUUUUUACUAAUUUGGUUUGGGUCAUCGGCGAGUACGCUUCAAGUAAAUAUAACGAAAAAUGUGGCAACCAACAUAUUAUCAAGUUUCAUGAGGCAAUUGAAUCCGUGACCUACGAAUUGGCAUUGGCCAUGACCCCCGAGGGUAUCGAUGCAAUCUGCAGUUCUCGUCUGGUUUGUGUUUUGAUGUCAACAUUGGCCAAACUUGCUUCAAGAUGUCAAGAUCUUAUUCCCAAAGUUAUUUUAUGCAUUAACAAGGUUUCCAAACUUAGAUCGGAGUUAUGUGUCGAUCAGGUGGAAAGAGAAAAUUUGCUUAUUCGAGCAAGUGAACUUAUAAGUUUGCUCAAAUUACCGAAUAUAGCCCCGUUGAUCUUAACCCCUGAGCCAUCGCUUAAGGAAGGAAGAUUUCAUCGCGACCGCCAUAUUUCAAUGUCGUUUCUGAUGGACACAACUAAAGAUAUGUUGUUUUCACAAUAAGAGGUUCCCAGUCCCUGAUGAGGCAGGUCGGGCCUGUGAAGUGGAUGAGUGAUUUUUUUGUGGCUUGGAAACGACUCUAUGAGGACGGCUGCGGAUAAGAAGAACAAGUAGGAUGUCAUCAUCGCCGCCCCCAGUUUCCUAUCCAGACGCCAUUCGUUGUAAUACAGAAUGGCCAAUGCCAGGGCCACCGUUCCGAAUAAUGUCAUUGAGACGUAAACAAUGUUACCGCCCUGGAUCAAGACUUGGGAGUUAGGAUGAACUAUUGUUGUCGAUAACAGCCAAGGAAUGCUGAGGCAUAACAUG